AUGAACCUGCGUGAAAAAGAACAAUUAUUUAAUGGCGACACACAAAAGGAUAUAAAUACUAUUGAAAAUAGAGAUAGCCGUGCAUCAAAUAAAUUCCGUAGGAUUUUCAGACAUUGGAACAGAAGAUCAGAAAAGAGAAAAGUUGGACGUGUUGUUUUUAAAUCAGGACAGUUUAAUUUAGAAAAAUGGAAGAAAUACAAAUAUCGUGUGUUCCCUGACAUCAUAAAGGUUUUCAUUGACUCUCAGUGGAAGUGGACCAUCGUGAUGUGCAUCUUGACUUACAUUUUCAUUUGGUUGGCAUUUACUUGUGUAUGGUGGAUUAUUUUAGAGAUACAUGGUGACUUUGAGCCAGUUCAUUUACCCCAUGCAGUCAAUUCUUCGCAUUGGGUGCCCUGCGUUAAAGAAAUCUACAACUUCACAUCUCUCUUCCUCUUCAGUAUCGAAGUUCAUACAACUAUAGGCUAUGGGACCAGAACUCUUACAUUAGAGUGUCCAUCAGCCAUGAUAACGAUGUGUUUAGAGAGUAUUAUGGGCACAAUUUCACAGUCCUUUAUGAUUGGUGUUGUAUUUGCAAAGUUUACAACCCCUAAGAAUCAUGCGCAGACGCUUCUUUUCUCCAAGAACGCAAUUAUUAACCUAAGGGAUCGCGACUUAUGCAUGAUAUUUAGAAUUGGUAAUACCAGAAAGUCGAGGAUCAUUGCGGGAAGCGUUUAUGCUUAUUUAAUACGACAUGAUUCGGCUGACGUGUUAGACGAUCAAGUACAACUGCAACUGAAAAUCGACACAAGUGAAAACAGAUCCUUUAUGUUGCCCAUUUCUGCGGUACAUGCGAUAAAUGAUAGUAGCCCGUUUUAUACCCUGUCUGCACAAGAUAUUUUGAAAGCUAAUUUAGAAAUACUUGUAGUUUAUGAGGGAACUAUAGAAUCCACUGGUCAGCCUGUUCAAGUGACAUCGAGUUAUACAACACAAGAAAUAUUAUGGGGUCAUCGUUUUGUUGAUAUGGUUGAAUAUCAUGAUGAUAAACAAGGAUUUCUGAUAGAUUACUCCAAGUUGAACGCAACAAGUCUUGUAAAAACGCCGUUGUGCUCGGCUAAGCGACUUCACCUUCAUUAUCAAAAUAAAAAACAUAUGAGAGACCUCAUUUCCUUGUCGAGGUUCAGUACUCCGAUAUGCUCCACCAAAGAAAGAAAUGGAGAAGACUGA